GAAAUAUUAGCGUUAUAAAAUAUCAUUUCCGGUUGACCUAGAUCUGGAAAAAUGGCGGAAGUGGAUCUCAACUUUCUAACUCAGGUUUAUGAAAUCAUCAAAAGUUUGGAGCAGGAAAGUCCAGAUCAGGCAGGGAAGAAGGUGAAUGACUUGAAACAAUCUCUAGCCCUCGCUAAGGAACAAGUUGCAAGAUUACCAGGUUGUGAUUAUAACAAAGAGGAUCAGCUGAAGCAACUGGAAGUUCUCAGAAAACAGCUAGCCACUAAAUCAGAAUUACUGCACAAAUACAAACAUCUGUGUAACUUUGACCUUGCAAAGGACACAAAACCUCAUCUGUAUCAGUGAACACAGCUGACCAACCUGAGUAGAUGUAAGUUUGGCAAUAGGAUAUAUUGAAUCAUUUUAUUAUAGUGCAGCUCAAUACAAUGGAAUGUACAGAGUUACAUCCCAUAUUUAACAAGGACCCUGCAGAGUGGAUGCAGUAUGUGCAUAAAGAGGUGUGUGUGACAUCAUCAGAUGGGGCCUGUCACUAUGGCUGGGUCUACACCAUUGACCCAGUAUCUGAGACCAUUGUACUAGCACAGUUUACAGACUCUUCCACAGACAUUGCAAUGGUCCUUGGGCACUCUGUCAAAUCAAUCAGGGUUACAAACAGUAACACGGAAACUCACAAAGAGAAACUCAAAACAUUAUUUCUGUUCAAAAACACUGCAGAGUAUUCAAAAGAGGAUCUCCAGAAGAGGAAAUUUAAGAUCAAGUCGUGGCUAGAGAAGAACAGGUUGCCAGUUUGUGUCUCUGGCGAUAAUAAUGAUGUGUUGAGUAUAUCUGAUGCAUUGUUCAUAGAGCCACCAUACAGUGUUGAUGACUGUAGGAGCACUAAUGAGAUCAUUCUAGGACGUAUACAGGGGCUCAUCAAGAACAUGCCAGAAGAUGUUCAACAGUGGUAAACAUUGCAAUAUAAGUGCUGGAGUUAGGGGGACUGUCCUUACGACAAAAUGGACUUGAUUCUCUAAAAUAUAGCAUAUGUUGGGGAUCUCUAUGAUUUUGAGGAAAUAAAAUGAUUU